AUGAUCAACGCAGUCCUAGUCUUCAAUAACAAUGGCCAGCCCCGGCUGACCAAGUUCUACACACAGCUGGACACGCAAACCCAGCAAUCCCUCAUCGCGCAAAUAUACCGUCUAGUUGCACAGCGCCCGGCAAGCGCUUGCAACUUCCUCCCGCUCCCACCCCUCCUCUCCCAGGGCGCCAGCUCCUCCGCCACCGGACCCUCCGAUACCCCCACCCAGAUCACAUACCGCACCUACGCAACGCUGUCGUUUAUCAUGAUUUCUACGUCUACAGAGUCACCACUAGCUCUUAUUGAUUUGAUCCAGGUGUUUGUCGAGUCGUUAGACCGGAUGUUUGAGAAUGUCUGCGAAUUGGAUCUGAUCUUUGGGUAUGAGACGCUACAUGCUGUGCUGGGCGAGAUGAUUGUCGGUGGUGUUGUGGUUGAGACGCAUAUUGAGAAGAUUAUUGCCGGUGUUCGCGCCCAGGAGGGCUCGCUGGGUAAGAGGAAGGCUGUUCAGGCUGCUAGUGCUGGUUUGGGACGGGGUGCUUUGCCUGGACUGGGGGCAUGGCGGUGA